UGUACAGCAUACCUGGCAACCCUGUGUGCACGUAAAACUUUUCUGGAAGUAGAUCCAUGUGUAGUGUUUGUUGGACAGACUUAAUAACGAAGCGCAUUUUCGUUUAAAAGUGCUUCCUCACUUUUAUUUUAGUAAGGAUUGUUUCCCUAUAACGUGCCGUUAAGAUGUCGGCUGGCGAGGAAAAAUCUGCGACAGACAUCGGAAUGAACAAAAAGUCGAUUAAAGGGGCUGUUAGCAACUCCAGAGCGUUUUGUCGGGUCUGUAAGCGCAUGUAUCGGGAACCCAAACUCCUCUCCUGCUUGCACACGUUUUGCGCGGACUGUAUCCGCCAGCUGGAGCCGUUCUCCCCGCUGAGCGGACAGCCUGAGAGUCCGGCCCGAGCCCCAGAGCGGCCGCGGUCCCUCACAGUGCUGUGUCCCGAGUGCGACAGUGAGGUGGAGCUGCCGAGCUCCGGGGUGGACGGACUCACCACAGACCACCUGGCGCUGGACGAGGUGUUCAUGGAGACGCUGCUGCUGGAUCAACGCGCCGUGUGCGACCUGUGCGGAGACGCCGAGGCCGAGCAGCGCUGUCAGGUGUGCAGCCUCAACCUGUGCGACUUCUGCAGCCAGGCACACAGGAGACAAAAGAGGACAUCCAGUCAUGCCAUCCACAGCCUGGAAGAGCUGAAGCGUCAGGGCCGUCUCUCCAGACCCGUGCUGUGUUCUCUGCACUCAGGCCAGGAGUUGCGUCGCUUCUGUGAGACCUGCGAUCUCACUGUUUGUCUGGAAUGUGCCGCCACGUUUCACAGAGACCAUCGCUGCAGUCCCAUGCAUGAGGUCAUACAUCAGCAUGGCGACCGUAUCCGGGAGCUGGUUUCCAGGAGCCUGCGGCCUCGCCUCUUUCGUCUGGAGGAGGCACUGAAGUGCGUGGAGGUUUCCCAGGAGGCUUUGCAGUCUCGGGCAGAAGGGAUGGCGAGGGAGAUCCAAGCCUUUGCGCGAGCCUACACUAGUGCUGUGGAAACUCACUGCCGUUCUCUUCUGCACUCCCUGGAGGAUCUGAGAUUACAGAAGCACAAUCAGCUCCAACUCCAAAGGGCGCAGCUGGAGCAGGCGCUGUGCGACGUCCGCGGCAGCGUGGACUUUGCUGAACGCUUGCUCACAUGUGGCUCGGAGGCAGAGAUCCUCAGUGUGAAGGGCGUAACCACGAGGCGGUUAAUGAGCCUGUUGGAGUUGGGGUACGAUCCACACAUGACCAGCGUGAGCCAUGACAGUGGUGGCAGUAUCUGUUUCUUACCACAAGGGCUUGCAGGGCAGGUGGAGGGAUUUCCCAUGGUAGGAGUUCUGCAGGCCAAGACUGUAGAUCCCAGCAAGUGCACCGUUCAAGGAGAAGGUGUCCAUCGGUGUGUUGAGGGCCAGAAGUGUGAGUUCACACUCGUCUGCAGGGACUCUGCAGGGGAGCUGAUGGGCAAAGGAGGAGACUCUGUGCUAGUCAGCAUCAUCCACACAGAAAAGAAAGCAUGCAAAGUGGAGGCGACAGUGAUCGAUAAUAACGAUGGGUCGUACGCGGUCUCCUACACGCCCACGGAACCUGGAUCCUACUCUCUGUGGGUGUGUGUCAAAGCACAGCAUGUUAAGGGCUCACCUUUUGGGCUGACGGUGAAGAGAAAAUUUCAGCGCCACCAUGGCAUCUUCCACUGCUGCUCCUUCUGCUCCAGUGGAGGUGCUAAAAAGGCACAGUGUGGCUGCCCUGGGACCAUGCCAGGAGGGUUCCAGGGCUGUGGUCAUGGCCAUAAAGGUCACCCAGGGAAGCCACACUGGUCUUGCUGUGGUAGUGUGCUGGAGAGCUCUGAGUGCGUGCGCAGUCUCGUGUCAGGCUCUCACCGUGGACACGUCCGAACUGUGGACCUCUGAAAAGGCCCGAGGAGAUUUCCUAGCUCUAAAAUAUUAUAAUAUAGAUAUAUUUUUUUCUUCUAAAAAAUGUCACCAGCAGGCCUGCUUGUGAUGCAGUUUGUCUCUAUGAAGCUGGAUUAUUCACCAAAAACGAUUACGACCACAGCGCUCCUCUUUGUUCACGCUGUUAUUUAACAGCUUUUUGUACUUAAGUGUUCUGAGCCAGUCAAGAUAUGACUUAAACCAAAGCUUUAAGAAGGUGCUAAAAAUGAACAUGACUUAAGAACAACACACACAAGUAAAUAUUCCCACACCGAAUGUGGAACGACAGGGUUUAGCAGACAGAUUUUUUAAUGCUUUUCUAAAGCUUAAAUAUAUUUGAUGUUGCAUUCUUCUUAAUACUUUUGCUUAAUCUCAACUCUGUAUAAACUUGAAUCUUUGACUCACGGACAUUAAGAAGUACUUACGGAUAUUAAUAAGCUAGAACAAAAGUGUUGCAUAAGUUUUAAAAGCUAUGUAGGGUUUUAAGUGUG